UGCGCGCGAGGUGGUGGUGGUGGUGGUAGGGGGGAAGAGGAGGAGGGAAAUGGCAGCGGCGACCAUUUCGAUUGAACAAGACCGGUUCUGGUGCUCGGUGUGCCUGGAGGUCCUCCGGGACCCGGUGACGAUCCCCUGCGGGCACAGCUACUGCCUGCGCUGCAUCGAGGACUACUGGGACGGGCCCAAGCAGAAGGGCGCGUACAGCUGCCCGCAGUGCCGCCAGGCGUUCGCUCCCCGGCCGCUGCUGAGUCGCAACACCGUCCUCGGGGAGGUGGUGGAGAGGUUCCGGCGGGCCGAGCUCAACGGCGCGGAGGAGGCGAGCUGCGGCGCGUGCACGCCGAGGAAGCGCGACGCCGUCGGGUCGUGCCUCGUGUGCGCGGAGUCUUACUGCGCGGCUCACCUGAGGGCCCACGAAGACCGCUUCCCGGGGAGGGUCCACGAGUUGGUUCCGGCCGGGGAGCAGCGGCCGAGGCGGAAGCGGUGCGCGCACCACAACAAGCCGCUGAGGCUGUACUGCCGCACGGACCAGCAGUGCGUGUGUUCCCAGUGUGUCCAGGAGAGGCACAGGGGCCACGACGCGGUGCCCGCGGCGGACGAGAGAGCAACGCAACAGAAAAAACUCCAAGACGCCUCUUUGAAGUCGGUGCAGAAAUUGAAGGACACCGAGAAGGAACUGAGAUAUCUUGUCAAAUAUAUCAAGCACUCCACAGAGGCAGCGGUGGAGGAGAGCGAGCGGGUUUUCUCCAAGCUGAUCCGCGCCAUAGAGAAGCAGAGCAUGGAGGUGACGGAGGUGAUGAGGGUCCAGGAGAGAGCGGCUGUCGGUCAGGCGGAGGAGCUGCUGGAGACGAUCCAGAAGGAGCUCGUCGAGCUCAGAAGGGCCGACGCCGAGCUGGAGAGGAUUUCUCGCACCGAGGACCACGUCCAAUUCUUUCAGAAGAUAAAGUCUCUCAGUUUCCCUGCGAGGCCGGCGGCGGCGGCGAUGCCCAGCUCCGAUGCCCUGCAGUACACCAUGUAUAAAACAACGAGAGCAGCCCUGGCGGACCUCAAAGGCGGUCUGGAUGAAAUCCUGGACAGAGAAUUCAACAGGAUCUCUGAUAAAGUGAUUUCAUUGAAGGAAACCAGCAAUCGAAGCACCGCCGAAAAGAGGAAAGGUAGGUGGGACUCUUGGGGGCAGCGUCAGCUGAAACAAACAUUUUAUUUUUUUAAAUAUGUUUGUCCAACAGCAAAAGACGUUGACACACCAUUCGCCUCGGAACCAAAGACGAGAGGCGACUUUCUGCACUAUUCCAACGACGUGACCCUUGACCCCGACACGGCCAACCCCUACCUCAGCUUCUCCGACGGCCGCAGAGGCGUGAGCACGCGGUCGGAGCCACAGCCCUACCCGGCCCACCCGCACCGCUUCACCAGCUGGGCCCAGGUGCUGGGCCGGGCCGGGAUGGCCGGGCGCUGCUACUGGGAGGUGGAGUGGGCCGGCAGCGGGGGGGUUUCCGUCGGCGUCUGCUACAAGAACAUGGGCCGCAGCGGAGGCGGGAGCGACAGCAAGCUGGGGCACAACUCCAGGUCGUGGAGCCUGGACUGCUCGCCCUCCGCCUGCUCCUUUCAGCACAAUAAGGAGCCGGUGCCCGUCGGCGCCACCUGCUGCAGCAGGAUCGGGGUGUACCUGGACUUCAGGGGCGGGACUUUGUCUUUCUACAACGUCUCUGAUACGAUGGUGCUGCUCCAUAAAGUAAAGACUACGUUUGGCCAGCCUGUGUACCCAGGUUUCUGGGUGGGUUUGAAUUCUACUUUGAGGCUGUGCUCUUUUUAAAUGGAAGAACUCCAAACCUAUCAGUGAAUAUGGAAGCAACACUAACUCAAUAAGACAAGGUUUAUUAAAUCAUUAAUUUGUACAUUGUAAUUACAUUUCAAGCUGUAGAAGGGGCACAAUGCAUUAUUUUUGCAUAACUAAUCUUUUAAGAUGCAACUUGCAUUAAACUUUUAAAACAAUUGUU